AUGAGAGCUUUCCUUUCUGCCCUUGAUGAUCGAGUGUGGUAUACUAUUGAGAAUGGUUGGACUAAACCAACCAAAACUGUGGAAGAUGAGGUUAUACUAACAUGGUAUGAAUGGUUCACUGGCAAGUUUAUUGCAAUAUCCAUUGAAAAUAUUGACAUGGUCACUAAUACAAUUGUCAAGAUCUUUGAAGCAGCACUAUGGAAAUCAGCUAAUCAAGAUCUUAGGCCAAAUCACUUUGGCAUGGAUUGGGCUGCCGAUUCUGUUACUCACCCACACUACUUUGAUGGGAGCAACUAUGCUGCACGGAAAGCUAAGACGAGAGCUUUCGUUUCGGCCCUUGAUGAUCUAGUGUGGUAUACUAUUGAGAAUGGUUGGAUUGAACCAACCAAAACUAUGGAAGAUGAGGUUGUACUGAUAUGGUAUGAAUGGUUCACUGGCAAGUUUGUCACAAUAUCCAUUGAAAAUAUUCACAUGAUUGGGAAUCAGGCCAAGAGUGGUGGGGAGAGGAGGAAAAAGAGAGAAGGGGGUGUGGGUGUGUGGGGUGCCUGGUGUAUGAGGGCCAUGGAAAAAUUAUUCGUCGAUUUAUUGGCACAUCCUAUUAGUCAUCUCAUCGCACCCAAGACUUCGUUGCACGUGCUCACUAUAUAUGACCAAAAUCUUAGGCUACAUCACUUUGGUAUGGAUUGGGCUGCCGAUUCUGUUACUCACCCACACUACUUUGAUGGGAGCAACUAUGCUGGAUGGAAAGCUAAGAUGAGAGCUUUCGUUUCGGCCCUUGAUGAUCUAGUGUGGUAUACUAUUGAGAAUGCUUGGAUUGAACCAACCAAAACUAUGGAAGAUGAGGUUGUACUGAUAUGGUAUGAAUGGUUCCCUGGCAAGUUUGUCACAAUAUCCAUUGAAAAUAUUGACAUGGUAUGA